AUGGGUUGUGCAGAUUCGGGCUCUCCUGUAAGAUCCAAUCCGGAUGGUGAAAUGAAAAUCUUUGUGCAGUCAGAAUCUCGAGGAAGUUAUGUGCUUGAGGUGGACAGCUCUAACACCAUCCGGGAUGUGCUAGCCACCAUUCUUUCUACUAAGCGGUUAGAGUCAGAACCGGAACCUGUGCUUUACUUCAAUGGCCAGAAACUAGAGAUGGCCGAAUCUCUGGCGGCCUACGGUAUCCAGGAUUGCUCUGUCCUUCAGCUUGAGUGCACACUCUGGAUAUAUCAUUGCGUAAUUGUAAGUGAGAAGCCAAAUCCAAUUUUGGGCAGGAAAAAAAUUAGAAUAACAGGUUGGCCUUUUACAAUCUGGGAAGAGGAGCAUGAUAAAGUAUUGCUUGGUUUGUUGGUGGAACAAAUUCGAAAUGGAGGGAGAGAAUCACUAGAUGUUGGAAAGGAUUCGUGGAGUGACAUGGCGGCUCGGUUCAAUGAAUCAACAGGUUUCAAAUAUACCGAAAAGCAAUUGCACGAGCACUUCAAUUUUUAUGAACGUGAAUAUCAAAUAGUGAACAGCAUAAGGAAUCAUCAAAAGUUUAGUUGGGAUCAUCAUCGUCAAGUAGGAAUUGCCACAGAUGCUGAUUGGAAAGAAUUUGUCAUGGAAAAAUUCGAAGCGAGGCCCUAUCGAAGGAGACCAGUACCAUAUAUUGAUUUAUUGGAAAUCUUGUUUGCGGAUAAGAAAGAAUCAGAAAUUGUAGUUUCCAACGAAUGA